GGUAUUUUAGCGCAUGCCUGUUCUUACCUUCACAUCGAACGAGUAACGGUAGCCAUUUUGGUUCUUUGCUGUACACACGGAUACAGAAAGACGCUUAGUGACCCGGCGCCUAAUUGUUCAACAUUUGUAAAAUGCGCGUUAAAACCGAGAUGGACGAGGACGAGCAAGGAAAACUUUUUGUUGGCGGGCUUAGUUGGGAGACCAGCCAAGAAAAUCUUCAGAGAUAUUUCAGCCGCUAUGGGGAGGUGAUCGACUGCGUAGUUAUGAAAAAUAGUGAAAGCGGCAGGUCGAGGGGUUUUGGAUUUGUCACCUUCUCCGACCCUGAAAACGUGCCGCUUGUCAUCCAAAAUGGCCCACACCAGCUGGAUGGGCGUACGAUUGACCCAAAACCUUGUAACCCAAGGACAUUGCAGAAACCGAAGAGGAGCUCGAGUUAUCCUAAAGUGUUUCUUGGUGGUCUCCCGAGCAAUGUGACCGAAACUGAUUUACGGACCUAUUUUGCGCGUUUUGGGAAAGUAAUGGAAGUUGUAAUUAUGUACGAUCAAGAAAAAAAGAAAUCUAGAGGGUUUGGGUUUUUAUCAUUUGAAGAUGAAGAUUCUGUGGAACGGUGCGUAUCGGAGCAUUUCGUCAACUUAAGUGGCAAACAGGUUGAAAUUAAGAAGGCAGAGCCAAGGGAUGCCAAUAAGAUGAAUGAUAAUGCUGGUGGUAGCUCCUGGGGUCCUCAGCAAGGGGGUCAUAUGUCCAUGGGCGGUGGCAUGGGAAUGGGGAAUGCAGGAGGAGGAAUGGGUGGUCCAAUGAGCGGUAUGGGACCAAUGGCGCCUAACAACAUGAUGCAGAGCUAUCAAGGUUGGGGAUCGACUCCUCAGAGUGGUUACCCAGGGCAAUGGGGCCCUUCGAAUCAGCCUCCCAUGAAUGGUUAUGGUAACCCUUCAGCGCACGGUGGAUAUCAGAGUUGGGGAGCUCCUCCCGGACCACAAGCCCAGCAGAUGCCACCUCAGUGGGGCUCUAAUUACGCAGCCCCUCCCCAACAAACUGGUUACGGGUCAUACGGCUCCAAUCAAGCAGGGUAUAGCAGUAAUUGGAAUUGGAACAUGCCUCAGAAUGGGCCUGCGACCCAGGGCGGCCCUCAAGGAGAUAUGUACUCAAGAGGGGCUGGUGCUGGAGGUGCUCCGUCGGGACCAACGCCUCCAGGAGCAACUGCUCCACCUAAAUCCAGUGACUAUAGUUUUGGCUACACUGGAUACCAACAAGAAUCUACUAGCUACGGCGGCGGAAGAAAUUACGGGCCGGAAAGUGGCGCUCAAGGUACAGGAGAUACGAAAUUCGAUGGCCGAUUGAGCGAAUAUCCGCCAUGCAUGAUCACUGGUGCUGUCCCAUAUCUGACUUUGUCUACUGCAAACGCAGGUGGAGAUACACCCGGAAGUUACACAGCGGCCCCAGGACCCCAGAGGGGCAAUUACUCAGCGGCUCCUGCACAGCAGUACCAUCCGUACCGGCGCAACUGAGUGUGCGAUUUCUGAGGUGGUGAUUAUUUAAACGAUGUUUUCAAUACUUGAGUUAUGUUUUAAUUUUAACUGAAUGUCUCCGUUGGAUCCGACUCGAUUGAGGGAAAUUUUUUUCAGUUACAGCAAGGAAACACUUAUUUUGUAUUUAAUAAUAUUGUAAAAAGGAAUGAUAGUCCUAUAUUAUAUAAACAACUAAACUGAAUCUGUCUUGAAUGUUAGAAUAAUUACACCUUCAUUCGCAUUGAAUAUUUUUGUAUAUGUUAUUCUAUUGUUUUUGUACAAAAUAUGUGUACAAGUCAUUGUUAUAUUGGUCUUAAAUUUUUUUCUGCCGUUGGUGUUUUUUUAAACAUUUUACAUACUGUAUGUAUUGAACUAGUUAUGAGAAAAAAUGUGUUUAUUUUUGUAACAAAAAAGAAAAAACAAAUUAAUAUAUAUAAUAAAAAAUGAAUUUGUAUGAUAAGGCCUGAAGACUUUUAAGUACCAGGUUACUCCAAAUAAAAAGAGCUAACAAAAAAAAAAAAAUAUAUAUAUAUAAUGUAAAAAUCCUAUACGGAUAAGAUAGAAUUUGUGAAAGACUAAAUUAUAUUGCAUAUUUUCGUACUGUUUUAAACUAUGCAAUUAAUUGUUAUUUUAUACAUGGAAUAUAAUAUACAUAUACAAUAUAUAUGUAUAUUAUGAACAGACCAGAAAGAAUCCUUUUAAAAAAAAUUAAAUUAUUAUGAGGAUGAAUUGCAAACCAAGUGAGCAGAAGACAGUGUAUUUUAAUUGGAUUCUCCUUUUAUUUUUAAAAAUUUUAUUCCAGAUUUUUGUAAUAAAUGUAGCCCUUGAUGUGUAUUACAUUUUUGAGAUUUA